AUGGUCGACGAAACGAAAAAGACAGAUGUUGAAGAGGUCGCUCACCAUGCUGAAUACCCACGUAUUGAUGAUACUGAUCUAAAAGGCCAGUUGGAUGUUGGUGCCCAGGCCCUCGCUGGCCAGGACCUGACCUACACAAAAGAAGAGGCUCGCAAGCUCGUUCGCAAAAUUGACUGGCAUCUCAUGCCACUUGCUGCCUGGGCUUGUGGUCUUCAAUUCGUGGACAAAUCCGGUCUCGGUGCAGCAGCUACUUAUGGACUACAAAAAGAUUUGGGUCUCACAGGCAACGAGUAUUCCUGGUGUGUCUCGAUUUUCUACUUCGGUUACAUUGCUGGUACUUUCUUUUCCGGGCGAGCUAUGCAAAGGUUCCACGCCGGAAAGUACAUCGGCCUUAACUUUUUUGUUUGGGGUUGCACUCUCCUCGGAUGCAUGGCAGCAAAAAAUUAUUCAACUUUGCUCGCGCUGCGAUUUCUUCUUGGCAUCUUCGAAUCUUGCGUCGUUCCCGGUCUCAGCCUGAUUACUGGAAUGUGGUAUACUCAGGAAGAAAAGCCGUUUCGCUUUGGUCUUUGGACCGUGACAAAUGGCGCAAUGCCUGUGCCUUUCCUAGUGAUCUACUACGGUCUUGGUCAUGUCACGACAGGCCCUGUUCAAUCGUGGCAUCUCAUUUUCUUACUAAUCGGACUACUUAGUUGCGUGACCGGAAUUGCUCUUUGGUUCUUCUUACCAGACUCUCCGGUCAGCGUGUCAUGGCUCAACGACAGGGAAAAGGCUAUUGCUGUUAAGCGUGUUUCAGACGACCAACUCGGUGUCAAGAAUGAGACUUUCAAGUGGGAACACGUAAAGGAUGCUGCGAUCGAUUAUCGUUGUUGGUUGAUGGUGCUCCAGAUGUUCUUCAGUCAAGCUGCUGGAAGCGUAACAACGAACUUUCUGGGUAUCAUCAUCAAGGGCUUCGGUUACACUGCACUAAAAGCCCAACUAUACACCGCGCCAAACUACGCUGUCCAAGCCGUCAUGCAAAUGCUUAUUUCCGGCUUGCCGACUUUCGUGCCCGCUCUUCGUAACUGGAAGCAGCCUCUCGCAUGCCUAUCCAGCUGCGUCGCCGUUGCUGGUGUCGCCAUCCUUUAUAUCACCCCCCCAUUAAUGGAGUACGGGCACCGUCGACUUGCCGGUUGUAUUAUGAUUUCCUUCUCGGGCGUGAACUAUACUGUUAUUAUGUCCGUUAUCUCCUCAAAUGUGGGCGGUUUCACCAAGAAACAAGUCGUCACAUCAACAGCGUUUCUCUUGUACUGCAUUACGAAUAUCAUCACACCUCAGACUUUCCAGGGCUCCGAAGCUCCUUACUACCACACCGGACUUGGAUUUGUACUUGCCUUCCUGUCGCUCUACGUCACAACAAGCAUGUCAACCUGGCUCCUCAUGGGCAUCGAAAACAAGCGUCGAGACAAGAAAGCGCUUAGCGAUGUCAGCUAUGCAACAGGCAACUCGAACCUAGACGUUCUUUCUGGUCUUCGGGAUGAAACUGACGUGGAAAACAAACACUUUCGGUAUUCUGGAUAG